AUGUAUGGCUCAAAAGUUGCUGGAAAUAUCCAACUGCCCAUAUUUGUUGACGCGAGCUUGGAUGCCUAUGCUGCGGUGGCAUACUUGCGGGUUGAACGCGGCGGCGAAAUCAGAUGCUUCUUUAUCGCGUCGAAGAACAGAGUCGCCCCUUUGAAACCCAUAUCGGUGCCAAGAAUGGAAUUGAUGGCAGCCAUUUGGGGUCUGCGAUUUUCAAAGUUUCUGGAGGCAGAACUAUCAAUCAGGAUUGAAAGGCGCAUCUUUUGGACAGACGCUCAAGGUGUUCUAUUUUGGAUAAAGUCGGACGUUCGUAAGUUUCCUCAGUUCGUGGCCCUACGAGUCGGAGAAAUCCUGGAAGGAUCAGAGAUUGUCGAUUGGCGCUGGAUACCUUCGGAGCUUAAUGCGGCGGAUGAAGGAACCAAAUGGACAUAA